AUGGCAGACGCCAUGUUGCGCACCUCUCUAACACGCACCCUCGAUGGUACUCCACUUCCGUCCCUGAUGGCUUCAGUGGGUUCGAGCAGAUCUCCGCCACCGAGUUACCGCAGCAAGCGAUCCGCCGUGUAUUUUGCGCCGGAGGCCUCUUCUCGUACCAAAGAGAACUCGGAAAAAUCUCGCAAACACCAGCUACAACAAGAAAUAGAUCGGGCCAACGCGCGCUUACCGCCAAAGGAUACGAAAGGGUUAUUCAGAGCGGCAUGCUCCACCGAUCUGCUGUUCCUCGUGGAUGCCACUAACUCCAUGGGUCCGUAUAUCGAAGCUGCGAAGGAGCAAGUCAAGGCCAUCGUUGCCGAUGUAAAGAAAGCCUUUCUUGACGAGGCGGAGGUACGCGUUGCGGUCGUCAGCUACAAGGACUACGGAGUGACGCCGAACAUUGAAUUUCUGGACUUCACUUCCUCUGCGGAUCAGGUACGCGAAUUUUUAGACUGUCUGUGCCUGGAUUGGGGUAGGGACUGGCCGGAAGAUGUCCUCGGCGGUCUUCAGCAAGCAGUAAAUGCAUCGUGGAAACACCAGACACGCUGCAUUGUUCACAUCGGAGAUUCACCGCCGCAUGGGCGCACGUUACAUGACGGCCAGGAAUCGGACGAUCGGUACUAUCAUACUGAGAGCGAGCCUUGUGGCUUGACGCACGGGCCGCUGCUGCGAAAGCUCAUACGUUUGAACAUCAACUACGCCUUACUCCGUAUCACUACACAUACGGACCGCAUGGGCCUCGUGUUCGCCCGCAGCUAUGGGCGGGGCAACGCGAAGCUGCAUGCGAACAACAAAUAUCAUGGUAUACUUGACGCAAGCUUUGAAUCCAUGACUAACAGUCAGCGCAGCUCUGGCGCUGCAACCGCGCCGCAGUUUGAGGAGCUACAACUUGGUAUAACAUACAGUCAGCUUCGGCAUCUGGUAGUGAAGACUGUAACCAGCUCAGCCUCCCGAACGGCGGGCCGACUUUCAAUGGCGGUGUCGAGGGCCAUCAGAUCGGUCAAUCCAUCCACCAUCGAGGACCUCGCCGCCAUCCAUGAAGAGGACGACCAUGUUGGCCGGCGUAAUGACAGCAGUGAGGGAAGUGUGACACUCGAGAACCUCCCGCCGCAAUGGACCACUCCAGGAUGGCUCGACCUUCGUCUUCAGGUGGACGGAUUCUGUCCAGCCAUUGUUGUUCACAACGCCAAUACCUUGAGCGACAUGAUGGCGGACGACAAGAACAUCAAGCUCAAUGUUACGAGGUUGACUCUGUACGCUCGCUCUAAACCUUUCGCUGAAGGCUCGGUUCGGGUAGCUGCCUACGCUGGUACGGCUGCCUCCAGCGGCCGGUACGUGAUGAAGUCAUUCAAGAAGCAUGGGAAAGGUCUGGCCGAAGCGGCAGAAGACAUGCGGAUCCAAGCAUUGUGCAAAGCAUUCGCACUAGAGUUCAACGGUCUCCUGAAGGUGGACCCUCCUCUGGACUUUAUUGUCACUUCCUGCUUACAGCAUGCGCCGAACACAGCUGGGAGUAGAAAUGCAGCGUACCUGUCGCUCGAGCCCUUCAUCGAGGGGGACUACGUGAAGUACAACACCAACUCCGCUUAUGUCAACGAAGAGUUGGGGGAUGAUCCUUUUAACCAGAUGGCACAAGCCUUUUCGCAUUUCACUUUCGAACGCUCAUGGGGACAUUUCCUCGUCACCGAUCUUCAAGGAUCAGGCCAUCUGCUGACCGACCCUGCCAUUCAGACAAAGGAUCCCGAAAGAUUUAAGCUCAAUGAUACCAAUCUCAACGAGGAGGGCUUCAAGUUCUUCUUCGCAACGCACAAAUGCAAUGAUGUUUGCCGCAAAUUGUCUCUUCAGAGCAAUGCCGAGAUGCUCAUCUCCGGGAAGAUGGACUUCCGGGAGCAGUGGCCGGUCAUGGACCCGACUGUGUGCUGCUCCAACAACCUUUGCCGGAGUAUCAUACGCCUGUCCGAGGCUCAGGAGUCGGACAAGUUUCUAGGCCAUCAUUGGUGCAAUAGCUGCUGGCCACAGCUCGCAUCGUCCACAAACUCUCGUAUUUGCGUUGAGCUUGGUCCGCACCAUGAGUUCGAGGUGUCUGAGUUCUUCCUUGAAUCACAGGGCCAGCUUGUUCCCAAUAAAUGUCCUGAACAUUCCGAAAAAGACACUACGGAGUCAAGCGCUGCGGCCGUGGGUGGAAUGAUAUUCAGCAGGUUGAGAUCCGCUCCAUCAAUGACAGCUAUCAACGGGCGAAGCUAUUGA